AAUGUUCUAGGCAAGGCAUGACGCAUGACGCAUGAUGUAUCCUUCUUUCCCUUUGAAUCUAUAAUACUAGAGUCCAGAGAAGAACACUCUACCGGUGUCACUGCGAAUCUGAAUCAACAUCAACAUCAACAUCGAAUUGCAUCGAAUUCUCAACAUGUUCGGAGUAGUUUUCCCCAACCGGAGCUUCCCCAUGGACAUCUCAACCUUCGCUCAAAUCGACACCUUCCACUGGCUCCUCGACAUGAACACUUUCGCGAGGCGUACGACCAGGUUCGCGAGCUCUGCAUCUUCCUCCUCAACGGCCUCACCCUCCCGCCGGAGAAGGCCCUCGCCGUCUACAUCCAGUCGCCGGGCUCGCCCUUCGUCUUCUGCGGCGCCGUCACGGUGGCGCGCCCCUCCGCCGUCCUUCCCCUCGCGUGGCCGGAGCCCGGCGCCGCCGGACCGCUGCAGCUGACGGCGGACGCGCAGCCGCUGUCGGCGAAGAUCGGCGUGUCGGUGGAGGAUCUGGCGUCGCUGCCGUCGCUCGACGCCAUGGCGGAGAAGCGAAUCGAAGGGUUGGCGAUGAAGGUCGGAGAGAACCUCUUCAAUUUCAUGCAAUCGUUCUGUGGUGUUGAUGGGUCCAAGUUGGUUGUUCCCAUGGAUAUAUUGGACCGCUGGUUCAAGAAGUUUCAGGAACGGGCCAAGCGUGACCCUGAAUACUUGAAGGGUUUCGCUUUGUGAGCCGAAUAUUUUUUAUAUAUUUAAUUUUAACGGUGUAAGAUGAUAAUGAUAGAAAUAGAAAUAGGAGCUUAUCUUGUGUUGUGAUUCUAAUUUCAAAAAGUGUAUUUCUGUGAAAAAACCUGCUUCAGUUCAUGAUUUUGUGUUUUGAGAGGAGAUUUUGUUAUUUAGGAGAGUGGGAGGAAUUGAAGUUGAAGUGUUUAAUUGAUGAAAAUUAAGGAUUCAUCAUGGUUUAGGGCCUGGAAGUGUGAUCUGUGUUUGAAUUUUGAAGGUUCUAACAAUUUUGUUGUGUGUUUGGUUUAUAAUUGUCACAACUUUCAAGACACUUCAAGUAGAAGUUUGUGUCUUGUUGCCAUGAGUCAAAUUGAUUUUUGAGCA